ACAAUAUGUCGACGAGGGGGAGAUUGGUUCGCUGGUUUGGGGAGGGAGAGGAAUCGGGGCACUAAACUGUUCACCAUUUCGGGACACAUCAACAACCCUUGCACUGUCGAAGAAGAAAUGUCCAUUCCUUUGCGUCUGCUCAUCGACAAACACGCAGGGGGAGUCAUUGGCGGGUGGGACAACCUCCUUGCUGUCAUUCCCGGGGGGUCCUCCACUCCUCUCAUCCCCAAAAGCACUUGCGAUCAUGUUCUCAUGGAUUUCGACGGGCUUGUGGAGGCAGAGACCUCGCUGGGCACGGCUGCAGUCAUCGUCAUGAACAAAAGUGCUGACGUUGUCCGUUGCAUUGCCCGACUCUCCCAGUUCUACAGACACGAGAGUUGUGGACAGGUUCGAUCACUUUUUGAUUGGCAGUGCACUCCAUGUCGGGAAGGAGUCACCUGGAUGGAUAAGAUUAUCUGGAGAUUUGGUAUUCUGUCUGUGACUAGUCCAGUUGAGGGGAAUGCUCGAGAGUCUGAGAUUGACAUGCUUUGGGAGUUGUCCAAGCAGAUUGAGGGACGUUCCAUCUGUGCCUUGGGUGAUGGCGCGGCCUGGCCUAUCCAGGUGAGGCAGGUCAUUAUUUCCAGGGACUCAUCAGACAUUUCAGGCCUCUUUUGGUCGAAAGGUUCAAAAGGCAGAACAGCACAGUCUCAGUAUAAUUGAUAAUUCUA